AUGAGAUAAACAUAAAAAGUUAUGCUUGCCUUUUCAGAAGCAACUUCAAAUGAAUUGAAUGAAAUACUAUAACAUGGGUUUUUUAAGGAUAAGAAAUCACCUAAUUCUAAAUCUAAAUCUAAAAUGAGUUUAUCUAAACAAUAAUGUUCUUAGACUGCAUCAAUGAAAAAAUAAUAAAAUUAUGGAACUAAAUAGAUAUAUGAAAUUAUUUAAUAAAUGAGAUUAGAGAGAAAUGCUCCAGUUGAUCUUGUAGGUCCAUAAAAAUGCUUUAACUAAAAUACAGAUCUAUAAACUUAGAGAUUUUAGAUAUUAACUAGUUUAAUGUUAAGUCCCUAAACCAAAGAUGAUGUAACAUCUAAAUGUGCAAAUAGAUUAUUAGAAUUUACUAUUAAUGAUAUUGCAAAUAUGGAUGAAGAAUAAUUAGUAAAGUUAAUUUAUGAAGUUAAUUUUAAUCUUACUAAAGCAAAAAGAAUUAAAGAUCUAGCUUAAUUAGCCCUUUCUUAAGGAAUGCCAACAACUUUUGAAGAAACUAUUAAAAUUAAAGGAGUCGGAGAAAAAAUAGCUUUAAUUUAUAUGCAUGUAGCUUUCUAAAAAGUUGAAGGAAUACCUAUUGAUGUUAAUAUGAUUAGAAUUUGCAAUAGAAUUCCUAUUUUUAAAGAAAAAUCGCCGACUAAACUAAGAAAAUUCUUAGAAUCAGAAUUUGAACAUAAAGAAUGGGGAGAUAUAAAUUAAACACUUGUAGGUUUUGGAUAAUAGAUUUGUUUACCAAAACCUAAAUGUGAAUUAUGCAAAUUAAAGAAUUUUUGUGAGUAUUAUAAAAUAAAUAAUACUUCUGAUUGA